AGAAGUGUUUCAGCGCCGCUCCUGAGGAGAUGCCAUACAUCCUCACUGCUGUCUGAGCUUUGUUACCAAAGGUAAUACGUUGCCUAUAAUGCUGCAUUUUCACCACAAGUUGCCCGCGGGAGGAGCCGCGCUCCUGCUCGCCUUCCUCCUCCACGGAUGCGCCGUGCAGGCUGCGUCCCUCCCCCGCCACUGGCUCCGUGGCGGGGGCAGCGAGGGCCAGCCGGCUGCCUUCCAGCCCAGCUCCGACAUGAUCAAAGCCCUGGAGUACAUCGAGAACCUGAAGCAGAGGAACGGGGGUCGACCCGAGCCGGUGGAUUACGACGAGGUGGAGAAGUUCAAGGUCCUGCUGCAGCUCGCCUCGCGCCAGGACGAGGUUCCCGGGGACCGCCAGUCCGCCCCGGGCAUCCAGAGGCCGGACGUUACCGCCGAGCAGCUGCUGAAAGCGAUGCUCAGGACCCUCCAGGACCAGGGAGGCAGAGAGGCGGGGUUCCCCCACGCCGCGUCGGAGCCUCGGAGCGACCGCCGGACGCAAAGGCACCGCGCCAAGGAGGUGCCCGGAAGCGCACCGGCGGAUUUCGGUAAUUUCCCCAGACCUCAUAAGAAGUAUCCGCUAAUGUUUGAAGAUGAAGAGAACGCGGACGCCUCCAAGCGGGCUACGGAGGACCUGGACGAGCAGUACACCCCCCAGAGCCUGGCCAAUUUAAGAUCCAUCUUCGACGAGCUCGGCAGGAUGCCCUCCUUGCCCGGACAGAAGAGAGGAGUGUUCGGAGAGGAGGAGGAGGAGGAGGAGGAGGGUGGGAACGGGUUCGGCCAGAGGAAUCAGGCUUAUGAUGACGUGGCCGGGGGCGAGGAGUGGGUCCCCGUGGAGGAGAGGGAGGAGACGGAGGAGGUGGUGAACCGCAGCCACGAAGAGAUGGAGCGUGCCCUCAGCGACCAGGAGGAGUCGGAGCGGGAGGAGACGCAGCGCCGGGCGGAUCAGAACCAGGAGGACGCAGAUGAUGACACCAAGCUGGUGGACUACUACCUGCUGAAGGUUCUGGAGAUGAGCGACCAGACCCAGAAGCGGGAUCAGACCGGGGAGCAGAAGAGGCUGAUCCGUCCCUCCAUCGUGGAUCCCCGGACGGUGAAGGAGCUGCUGCAGCUGUCCCUGAAGCUGCACGUGCCCCCGCAGGACCUCAUCGACAUGCUGCUCACGGAGGAGCUCCGAAAGCUCCACCGCGACCCCCAGGCUCUGUCCCGCUACACGACGGCCGGCCAGACCCCCAAGAUCAGGUACUUCAGCCGCAGACUGCCACUGAAGGCCAAGCCCCCCACCCCCACAGGAGACCUGGACAGAGAGGACUUCUUGGACAUCAUCGGGGUGGAGACCAUCAGCAACGAGUACCCCGUGGUGCAGAGACCCAUGAAGACCACCUCAGCUGCGGACAGGAUCCAGACGGUGUCCAGCCCCGCAGGGGGGAGCGCAGGUGCGGUGAAAAUCCCCCCUCCCUCUGGCCGCAGGGAGAACCUGUUUUUAUCCGAGCUGAACAAAAUGCCCCUGAAGCGCCAAUCCGACACAGCUGCUGACGACGAUGAUGAUGGUGACGUAGAAGACGAGGUGACGACAUACCUCGCAGCCAAAAUCCUCACGGAGUACCCGAACACCAUCAGCAAGCGGGACACGCGCGCGCAGCUGAAGGGCCAGUUCCCCUACGAGCUGUACGAGCGCGCAGUGAAGGACUACAUGGAGCAAGCACAGACUGAGACAAGGCCAGGGGGGCCCGAGGGGGCCACGGAGGAGAAACCGCCCAUGGAGGUGCAGCAGGGAGAGGAGAUGCCAGCCAAGACCUCCGCUCCGCAAACCGUGGAUGAAGGAGAAGAGGAGCAGCGUCCUGAGAAAAAGGCAGCAGGGAUGUAACCUGAUCCCUCCCCUCCUCUCUGCAUUAAUCUGAAUAUAGUAUUUAUAUUCUGUCUAAAAAAAAAUAAAUAAAAUGAACAUAACGUAUGGUGGACGUGAUCUAGUUUACAAAUUUCUAUCAUAGGAACUACCUGAUAACACCCUAACGGAAAUAAUCUAUAGCAAUCUUAGAAAUAAAACUGAAGUUUAACAAUGACUGUCCCUACUUGCUGCAAGAACAUUCUAGGAAUAUUUUAAAGAGACCACAAGAGAUUAAAGGUGCACUGAGGUGCCUGAUCAAUCCAAUCUGACUAAUUUAUGGCGUGACGUUCAAUGUUUACAUUAGACGGUGUUUGUAAACAGCCCUAUAUUAUAUUUGAAUCUAUAUCUAGAAUGGUUUUUCACCUAUGUGUCAUAUUUAGCUGUGAAUAUACAUGUAAAUGAUAAAAUAUAAAUCCCAAAUGGGGUUUUUAUGAAAACUUGAGUAUACUUGAGCACUCCGGGGGGGAAAUAUUGGGGACUGCUGCAGGAUGAGUGCUGUUGUGACUCGUGCUAUUAUUCAGGGUUUGUGGAUUUGUUGUUCUGAGUAAUUAAGUCUAAAUAUCAGACCGUCGCCUGCCUUCUAACCCUUUCAUACUGCAAAGCUCUGUAUCGUUGGCCUAACAGUGGUUGUGCUCGUUUUUAAAACCAUUUUGUACAUGUUCAACAAUGUGUCACGGAUGAAUAAAGCAUCAG